ACAGGUCACCAUUCUGCACCAAGCAACUCGAACAUCUCCACAUGAAUUUAUGUGUGGAGCUAAAAUGUUGUUCUUAAUCAUUGUCGCUGCGCUUUUGCCCACGGGCUUUUCGGCUCCUUUGGCUGACUGUGACAAGCUGACGCAAGUGAUGCAGAUCCAAGGACUUGAGCAGUUCUUCGGCUCAUGGAUAUACACAGCAGAGAGUACCAACAUGCCAAGAGCCCAAUUCCUCACGGAGAAGUUUGUGGACAACGUAUGGAGAUUUAUCUACCCGGCCAAUGAGAGCAACUCCUUCCAUGUGUUUCAAGCUCAAAAAAUGUUGGGCCGCUGCUUCAAUGUCACUUCCAAGUAUACAUUGUUCAACAACAUUCUCCACAUGGAAUUAGAGGAGCGUCCCAUGGUCGUCAAACAGGUUCUCAUGAGGACCAACAGCUCCAGUUGUAUCCUCCUUCUUUCCAAUUACACCAUUGGAAUAAACACAUACAGGGGCUUACAGCUUCUGAGCAGGAGACCAAAGUUGUGGCGGACUGAGAUCGAGGAGUUGAAGAAGCAGGCGGCAUGUCUGAAUUUACCCUCACCUACAUUCCUGCACCCAAAAACAGAUGUUUGCCCAUAUGUACCUGUCGAAUCCCCUGAUCUGAUCCAUCUGCUCCAUCACGUUGGAAAAUGGAAAAGUAUUGGACAAGCCACUGGUGGAUUUGAUUGACAGUUUAAAAAAACCACACAACAAUGACAAAACAUAUAUGUCAUGUGUGAGGCCUUGCCGACCCAUGUUGAAAAUGUCAAUAAAAAUGAUGACAAGUU